AUGUCGAGUGGCCGGAAUAAACCGGCAGCAAUUUAUCAGAAAAAUCAGGGAGCGUCACGAUUCGAAGUGCUCCGAGAAAUUGCUCAUUUUGAGCAAGAAUUGAGCACUUUUGAAGGUUUCUUUCAAUUGUCUUGGCAUAGAGCUGUUUUUAAAAGAUUCUGAAACGUUCAGACAGUGCUCUUUCGACGCAAGUGAACGAAAAGAAGAAAAAGGGCAGAAAAUGGUGGCCAUCGUUCCUUUCGUUCCCAAUUCCCCACCGGAUCUACGAGGUAAUCGAUAGUUUUGUGAAACAAAAGCUGUUUGGAACAGUGAUUUCUUCACAAUUGUUUUCUAGAUCGAAUCGACGGCCAUUCGUGCAUUUUCGCCCGAAAAAUUUGCGUUUUUCAUGGAAAAGCAGGCGCAUGUGAAGGAAGACGAAGAAGAAGAGGGACAGGUGGAAAAAGUGGAAGAACCGACGGAAAAUGCGGGAAGAAAUCGAAAAAGAAAUAAAAAUAAGGAGGAAAAGAGCGAAAUGGCGUCUCCGCAGCCGCCGAUAAGGGAGGAGAAUGAGGAGAAAACGGCGGAAACGGAGGAAAAAGACAAUGAGGAGUGGAAGAUGCAGGAGUGCUUCGUUUUCUGCCUCAAACAGCUCUUUUUCUCGCGAAUUUGGAUAUUUAUCCUCCAGUUAAUCGCCUCGUUCUGGGCCGGAAACCGAUUCAGAACCGACGCGUUCUACUUGGCCGAAACUAUUGUUUGUACGCUUUUUUCUUUUAAUGGAAAAGUGGAAAUUCUUUAAAAAAAAAUUGCUGUCAAGUUUUAUUCAGCAACAAACGUACGGUUUCUGCUCUACUGCACUUGGGGAACCGUAAACCGUCGCACGCAACCCUCGGAAUUUUACUGAACUAUUUCUUUGGAAAAUUUGUCAUUUUAUUGAAAACGAAAAUUCAUGGAACUCCCCUCCCCGCCCACAUUGAUUUUAAGUCAUUUUUGUCGUCGAAAUACACGGUCUAUUAAUUUCUAUUAUUUCAGCGGCCCAUCAAUCGCCGAUGGGCGCCUUCAUGCUCCGUUUCCUGUUUGCCGGUCUCCGUCGCUGGGACUCUCAGCACUUUUUGUUCAUCGCCGACAAUCACUACAUUCUCGAACAGUCUCUCGCCUUUUUUCCCGGUUUUCCCGAGAUUAUCACGUGCGUUUCAGACAGAUUUUAUAGCCAAAAAGAAGCUGGAAUUUUUGCCGAAAUAAAAAAGAAAGUCUUUUCAUUUCUCAAUUUUUGUAAAACGAUUUCAACUUUACACAAUUAUACUAGUGAAUUUCAAUAAUUCGAAAAAUGUAUUUUUAAUGGAACAGUAUUUUUUUCCCGCUAAUUUCAGUGUAAUCUAGACGCGAAUCACAAAAAAAAAUCACGAAUUCCAGAACUGAUAUAAAAAUUUCUAGUGAAACUGUAAAGAAAUGCUGUCGAAUUUGCAGAGUAAUCCGAACGGGAAUCACGGAAGUGAGCGAGAACGGCGAGGCGGCGGACGUGAUUCCGACGUGGCUGAUCACGGGCGUGCUCGCCGUCGUCCUCAAUUUCUUCUUCUUCAUCUUCUCCGGAAUCGUCCUCUUCCUCGUCACUUUCAUGAUCGGUCGCAGCGUCAAAAAGAGCCUAUUGGCCACGUCGCUGUUCGCCUUCAAUCCCGCCUCCAUCUUCUUCUCAGCCGCCUAUUCUGAAUCGGUUUGUCCUUUUUUUUUAAAGAUUAUUAACAAAAUUCAAAGCGAAUGUUUCAAUUUAGAAAGUUUUUUUCAAUUCCACAUUUUCACAGAAAAAUACAGUUUCAGAAAUACUAAUAAUCUCUCGCACUAAUAAUUUCCAGUUUUCAAAGCAUUUUUUCCAGUUGAUAAAAAUUUCCACUUUUUGCAGAUGUACUUUUGCCUCACACUCACCGGCUUCUCGAUCAUGGUCUUCUCGGCGCGCGCGUGCUCGCGGGCGGCCCGAUACGGCGGCGCUCUCUUCGGCACCAUCGUUUUCGGCCUCUCGCUCGUCGUCCGCUCCAACGGACUUUUGAAUAUUUUCUUCGCCGCCUGGUACUUUGCCGGCGCGUUCCUCUGGGAAAUGGCGCCGCCGAUCGGCGAUCUGAAAGAGCCGGGAAAGCUGAAAAAGUUGGACGAAUUUCUGGGAAAACAUCAGAAAAAUCGGCAGGACGAACAAUUCCGGCACGGCGAGGCAAAGACGAAGAAGAGGGAGAUCGAGCGGAGUCUGACGAGGCCGCGCAAGGUCUUCGUGCUCUCCGAUCGCCGCUUCUCCCGCUGUUUCUACCUUUUUCUGGGCGUUCUCAUCGCCUCCGUCUCCGUCUUUCUGUUCGUCUUCCCGUUCGGACUCAUGUCGCACUCUGUCGUCGCCGAAUUCUGCAAUCCGACGCCGCCGCGCGCGAAAGCCGUACGCGACCUGAAGAUGGCCACGAAAAUGGACGACAGUGUGGUGACGAUUGUGGAGGCGAGACGCGGAAAAGUCGAUUGGUGCAAGUCAGUUUUUUUUUUUUGCGGCCCUGAAAUUGGUUUUUCAAAACAGUAUGCAGUGACUUAAUCAGAAAUGCUGUGAGAAGGUAUUGAAAAAGUAGUGAAACAGUGAUACAGUUUGAAAUAGAAUGCCGCGUUUUUGGAGUGGAAGGCUUUUAGAGCCGAGGUUUGUGCGAACAACAUUUCAAUAUUGAAUCAAGUGCAAAACAAUUUUGAAACAGAAAAAAAUCUUCUAGAGAAAGAGAAGGAGUUGACCUAAAAUUCACUUAAAAAUUGCAUUGCAGACCUCCGAAAACGAUGGCCGAAUUCGUGUACGGUCUGGUGUUCCCGCCGUAUUACAAAGUGGUGCAGGCGAAAUAUUGGGACGUCGGACUGUUCGGAUAUUGGCAAUUUCGCAAAAUUCCGUGCUUUUUGAUGAUGCUCCCGGCGGCUAUUCUCACUAUUAUCGCCAUUAAACACACGAAAGAAGACGUGGCGAAGAAGGGGUUCGUUUCAAUUUUUUAAAGCAAUUAUCUUCAAUCGAAAAAAGCACUAACGUAUACUUUUGCAGCUGGACGAACAUUUGGGUGCUGUUCGGCCGCACGGACCACCUCGUUCCGAUGGCCAUCCACUCGUCGAUCGUCCUCUUCACCGCCGUUUUCAUCAUAAACGCCGAAGUCUUCACCCGAUUGAUAUUCUCCUCGUCGCCGUUCCUCUACCUUUUCCUCGCCGAUUAUUUGGAUGGCCUCACGCAGGGUGUACGUGUUUUGCGUGAUCGGUCUAUUGAGAACGUACGCCUCUGGCAUGCGUAUAUUAAACAUGCAAUUUUUGUGAUCGGUCUAUCAUGCGUCUAUUGAAGAACCCGCACCGAGUUCUGAAUAGACCGACCACGAAUCACCUGCGCAGCAAAGCUUUCGAACCGGAGUAGUAAACAUUUCUCUAAAACCGUAAACUUUUGAUGUGAUAAAAAAGGACAGGUAACGUACAAACUAUUGUUUCAUUUUGUGAGCUGUCGCGCGGCGUACGCACAGUCCUAUUGUCAACCGUAACCGCCAAGCUCUGUCCCCCCACCGUUUCUAAAAAUUGCCGAUUUGGCGCCAGCGCUCAAAAAGAAACAAUAGUAGGUCUUUUUAUUGCCCGAAAAAGAACAAAAUCGUUUGCAUCAUUUAAAUUUUUUUGCAGGACACGCCGGGCAACCGUUUCUGGCACUACGAGCAGGCGGUCGGAAUCCUUCCGUUUUUCGUGUUCAAAAGUGUGUGGAAAAGUGGAUGGGCCGGCAAAUCACUCUACAUUUACCUCCUCGGAUACUUUGUUUUCGGAACUAUGGCUCACGCCGCCUGGCUUCCGUUCACCUAA